AUGCUAUGUAGAAAAGAACAUAUUUUUCGAUUGGAUCAACAUUGUGCAACUAUAAGAAAUGCUGUUUUAUAUACUAUUCAAGAAUAUAAAAUAAAAACUGCAGAUAUUGGUAGUACAUCAACAACAACACAAUUUAUUGAAUGUGCAUUAAAUGGCAUUGUUAAGAUGACAUCACAGAUUGUUUUCAAUUAUGAGAUAAAAGCUGCUCUAAAUGAAUUAACAGCCAAGUAUUUUGUCUUUGAUUUUUUCAAAUUAGUUGAUGAUGGUAUUGCUCGUGGUAAUGAUGCAUUAACAUCAUUUGAAAAUCGUUCACAAUAUCCAUUAUUUAUUCAUUAA